AAAAAUGUAGCUGACAGCCUGGGAAGUCCUGACUGGAGCUCUUUGUGCCUCCUCUGCCCACGGCUGCUCCCAGGGACAGCUCCUGCUGGGAAGAUGCACUGGUGGAAAGUGAUGGCAGCCCUUCUGCUCUGCUCACUGCUGCUCAGCCAGAGCCACGGCGUGUCCCUGUCCCCGCGGCAGCCGCAGCCCCGCAGCCCCCGGCAGCGGCGGAUGACGCCCUUCUGGAGAGGAGUGUCCCUGAGACCCAUCGGGGCCUCGUGCAGGGACAACAGCGAGUGCCUCACCAUGCUCUGCAGGAAGAACCGCUGCCUCCUCUCCACGGCCUCGGCGUGAGCUGGCACCAAGCACAGCCUGCACUGUUACUGCUCACCAUGCUCCACACACUUGGGAUGUAUUUAUUGACUGCUCGGGAGCUGCAAGGGCCUCCAGCAAGCAGAGUAUUUAAUAUUUCUGUCACAUGUGCUGAUGAAAGGACUUCAAGGAGCUCGAGAGCAUCUCCUCCCCAGCCACGCCUCUGGAGGCUCUGGCCAAGCUCAAUAAAAGGGCUCUGCAUCUCC